AUGACCACCGCUGGAGACGGACAUUUUCAACUCGACUAUCAUCUGCCAGACCCGCUGGAUUUCCCGGAUGUGAAUCUGGACGAAUUCCUGAACUGUUUCGAUGAUCCUCCUAUCUCCUUGGACCUACAAGGUCAAAAGACCUGUCCAGCUCCGAACGAUUCCCUUCAUAUCAGUGACCGAAGGAGUGGCUCACGUCAGGACUUCUCCAACGUGUGGCCACUCUUGACAUCCCCAAACCCCACCAGACAAGUAGUCGGCACGCACGGUCGACCGAACACCAUCAAUAUGGAAGCAUCCAUUCAUGGAUUAUUCUUCGAGGCCGACAAGUCGCGUACAGCGACAACUACGACAGACGGCUCGCCUCCCUCCGCAGACUUGAUCUGCUACCGAAGGAAUUUGUUCAAGGUCAAUGCUACGGUAUCACUCCCGCCAGAUGGUGGAUAUCUAGCAUUAGCCGAGGAUCAGCGCAUGGAGAGGAUUGUCGGCCUCCACGCCCAACUCCAUGCAAUAGAUAGCAUGCAGAACCGGAAGACGGACCUGGUUACGGCGUCCUCUAAACAUACGCCACCCGCUGGCCCGCGGGGGGGGGGGGGGGGACUCCCAGCCAUUAUUUGUGUCCAUCAGACUCGAUCAACCACGGGCAACUCAGUCACGUCCACGUCCACCAAUAACUAUCUCGUGGGAGCGGAUCCGGAUCCGGAAAUCCACGAUCAAAUCUCCACGCCCUGA